UCCGUCGACCGAACGAGUGGUGGGGAAAACUCAUACAAAAGCUGAGAUUGUAUGGAAUAUGAAGGCACCAACUCGACGAGAGACACCUAGUCUGUUGAAAAUGCUGGACAUCACGACAUCGUAGUGAUUUCCAUCACCAGAACUCCUGAACUUCAAAAUCCAUUCGUCCCACGCUGUAUCACUAAACAUCAUGAAUAAAAAUCUGUAAUCGGUGACAAAUCGUUAUUAAAGGAGGAGAAUCACAUCGAGAAUAACUUGGCACUAGUAUAAAUGCAAGAAAUGGACACCGGAGGGCUCUUGAAUUGAGAACCCAUGAAUAGAACCCGUUGAAUUUAGUUCGAUGACAGGCCAAUGUGCCAAUAUCCAUCGACUUUUCGAGCUAAUGGCAAAUAUUAAAAAAUGAGUAAACAACGCGCAGCUGCAGAACAACUCUUGAAACUCAACGUGAUGCAGUGUUAAAAAUAACCCAUUCGACUCCCCUUGUUUCACAGUUUUUAAAGUUGAAUAAAAUUCACUGGUGGGUCUGACCGUUUGACUUGAGGACGAAUGUAUCAUGACAGUUUCAACCAGCGACGCACCACUCACUCCUGCUGUUGUAAUUUAUUUGUGAAAUUAGAGGAUAAUUGCCAGUGAAAUUUCUGUGAGAGAGUGUACCACGCGUUUAUCUCAUAUUUUUUAUUUUGCAUAAUGUCACGAGAGGUGUAAAUAAAGGGUAAUCGUUUGGUGUUGUGAGGUGGGGAAAAAUGGCAGCCGACUAUGACGAGUGAUUUUUUUAUAAAACAACUCAACGUCGUUCCACUUGCCGGAAUCCAUUAGUUUUGUUGUUUGGAGAUUUACUGUGGGAUUUACUGAUCAGGAAAUGUCGCGAGUGUCUUUGACAAAGUCUCAACAUGGCCAGUAUGGCUCCAGACGUGUCAGGAAAAUUAGUACGACGGAGAGUGAGUACUCGGUGGAAGAGCAGGCACGACUGACUGAUGGGGGCGUUGAUGAGACAUCCCCAGAUGACGAUGGGGGAUCUCUUUGCGAAUACCACGACAUACCACCACCCCCUGAUGGUGGAUAUGGGUGGGUCGUGGUAUUUGCCUCCUUCAUGUGCAACAUGAUUGUGGAUGGUAUUGCGUAUACCUUUGGAAUAUUUUUGGAGGAAUUUGUGAGGUACUUUGGUGAGGGCAAAGGCAAGACCGCAUGGGCUGGAUCACUGCUGUCUGGAAUGUAUCUCAGUGCCGGUCCUGUUGUUAGUGCUCUCACGAAUAAAUAUGGAUGCAGAGCAGUUUGUAUAGCCGGCAGUUUAAUCGCUGCAUCGGCAUUUUUCUUAUCAACGUACGUGAAGACUGUGAAUUCACUGAUGUUCAUUUAUGGUGUCGUGGGAGGCAUCGGUUUUGGUUUAAUUUAUUUGCCAGCAGUGGUGUGUGUGGGCUAUUACUUCGAGACGAAGAGAUCUUUAGCAACUGGUAUUGCGGUUUGUGGAUCUGGUUUUGGUACAUUUGUAUUUGCUCCCCUGGCAACGACACUCAUAGAAGAAUACGGUGAUUGGAGGCAAGCGCAUUGGAUACUUGCUGGGCUUAUACUUAACUGCGCUGUAUUUGGGGCACUGAUGAGACCACUUGAGUAUCCAAAGCCAUCCUCUGUCAAGCCACUGCUCCAACGAAUGGCUGAGGAGAAACGCUUUCAGAUGGAACGUGGAAGCAUUGGGGGCUCGUACUUCAUGGUGCAACUUCCUGAUGGCUCGAUGGAAAAGCGAAUGAAAAUGCCAAUUAAUAUUGAUCCUGGGGUACACUCCAGCUUCAAUCUCGACCAAUUAGUGCCUGGAACGCCUUUAACACCAGUACCCACUGUGCCGACCUUGCCAACAAUAUCGGAGGUGAAGGUCCAGGAGCACUCGUCGAGUGCAGCAACCAGCAAAAGUGACAGCAUGGACUUGAAGACGGGCAAAUCGAGGAGCAGAAAGAGUAUUGACGAAACCAAAGAUACCAAAGAUGGUACUGAAAAAACUGAGAAUGAGUUCAACAAACCGAUUAUUCCCAGAAAUGCAUCCCAACCAGCAUUCACAACGCACGUCCAGGGUCUGCCCAAAAAUGGUUCAGUGCCCUUUUUUGACAGAAUUCGCAAGACCAGCACUGGUGAACGAUACAAACCGAGUCUGAGUGCAAUUAAAAAUUCGAGAACAACUCUGAACUCGAAUGGAGACAUUCGCAAGAGUCUGCACUUGAGACUCUCUAACAGCAGUAUGUUGGGCUCUCGUCUUAACAACAUGGAGGGUGACGAUGGUGAGAGUAUAACAUUUACAACAAGCAAGUCCAGCAUUGCACCCCCAAAGCAGAAGACAAGUAUCGUUCGUCCGAUGUCUCGAAAGGAUAUAUUCUACAGUGGAAGUGUUAUCAAUCUACCGGAGUAUCAGAGCCAGAAGUCACUGGCGAAUUAUCGUCAGAGUGUUUUGUCUCUACCAAAAUCUGUUCGAGGGGAUGUGAGGGAUGGGGACGUUGAGAAACCACCGCUCCAGCCCUUGUGUCCAUGCUUUCAGCUGCCUGAGUCAUUCACUGAGGCCCUUGCCACCAUGAUGGAUGUCUCUCUCCUGAAGAAUCCAGUCUUUUUACUCAUUGGCAUCAGCAAUGUCUUUGGCAUGGCUGGACUUUAUAUACCAUUUUUCUAUCUGGUUGAUGCAGCUGUUGCUAAGGGGAUUCCCAAGAGCUCAGCAUCACUCCUGCUUUCGAUAAUUGGGAUAACUAAUACUGUGGGGCGUAUAGUCUGUGGUUUCGUAGCAGAUUUUCCACAAGUUGAUUCCCUUUUAUUAAACAACAUUUGUCUGUUGAUCUCGACAGUCGCUGUCACAGCAACACCUCUGUGCACUACCUUUCCGGCGUACAUUGUAAUGAGUGUCUUCUUUGGAAUAGCAAUUUCUGGAUAUAUUUCAUUGACGUCAAUCAUUCUCGUGGACCUCCUGGGGCUGGACAAACUGACGAAUGCGUUUGGCCUUCUGAUUCUGUUCAGGGGUGCUGCUGCUAUUGUUGGUGCACCCCUUGCUGGCUGCAUCUACGAUUUAACUAAUACUUUUGAUAUACCCUUCUAUAUGGCUGGAUUCUUCUUCUUCCUCAGCACAGUCUUCAGCUUUGUGGCACCUGCUAUGAAACGUUUCACGACUCCACAGACUCAACCCAUAAUUAUCGACACGUUAACUCCAAUCGAUGAGGAGGACAACGAAGAGGAGAAUGAAGACGACAUCCCGGAGAUAAUCGAGACAGCAGCAUCACCCCUGGAUCCACCAGAGAAAGAGAUAAAACAAAUAGAGUCUGUUCUUUAAAACAGCGUUUGAGCUUUAAUUUGAAGCUUUAAGGGCCAUCAUUUCCGAGCCAUGCCUCCAAUUCUGGGAAGUACUAUUUAAAAUGAUAAACAAAAAACCAAUUACUUAAAAAGGUAAAUGAAUUUUCUUAUGGAUUUAUCGAUAAUUGCACAAGCUUAGGGCAACGAGAGCAAUGAAUCUGUGGAACCUCUUGGUUAGUUUUUUUUUUCUACUCACCACAAAACUCUCUAGAAGCUGAGUUGCUCUUCACUUAUGGCUGUUGAUGUUUAAAAAUUCAAAUCCAAUCAAUCAGUAUCAGUCAGCAGUAUAAACGAACUUGUAUUUAGGAGCGUAAAGUGGACAAUGCUUUUUUACUCACACGUCGAUGAGAUAAAUACUCGAGGAACUGUUAAAAUUAUUAUAACAUCACAUGGGAAUGUACUUAUGGGGAACUAAUGAGGCGAAAAGUUAUAGAUAAAUUGUUUGUCGAUCGAUUCCUAACGAUGCAAGGAUUUUUAUUCACUUUUAUUUGUCAAUAAAGAAAGAUUAUAUGUGAAUAAAUCACGAGAGGAACAUAAAAUGACAACAGAUGAAGAAUGUACAUAACAAAGAAAAUUAAUGCCAUAAUAAGUUAAAUUAAUUGACAAGUUCGAAUGGGGGGAUUUCAGCUGGCGCUGGUAGAAUCGAAAUUUCAAAUGUACAUAAAUAUUUUCAAGAACCUCAAUCUCUUGUAAAAUAGUGUGUACAAUAGGGUUAGAGAUUUGAGAUAUGUUUUUUUUUUUUUUUUUUUUUCUCGAGACGUUAUCUCCAACGCCAGUUUAGUAAUAAAUUUUUGACCCAAUAAAGGAGGAAAAAUGAGGGGAACAGAGUAAUUGAGUCGUCUCAGCACGCAAUACUGUCCUUGAGGGGAUAGUCAGCAUUUUUCUUUUUAUCAGAAAAACAUAAAAUGAUGAUGAUAAUAAUAAUAAAAUUUAUUGUUUAGAGAUAUUUGUAAUCGAUGUAUGUUCUGAACAAUUCGGAGUGAAUUGUCACCUAGUUUGUGUUAAUUAAUUGACUCCUCUAGUUAGAUAAAUGAAUCAAUAACCGUUAAUUAACACAAACUACUCAAAUAACUAAUGAAAAUCGAUGUCGCUGUGGUAUUCACGCUAAAUACCGAUAAUACUUAAAUGAAUUGAUACCAAAUCUAGUGGUUAUCGAUUCUUUCUAGAUAAAUCAAAUAACAUGAAAUGAAAAUGAUGUUUUAGUGAUCGUUAAUGUAAUAUGUUUUUGAUGACAUCUAUUGUGGGAGGGAAAUGCGCUGGAUGAAAAACAUUUGAGUGUCAUUUUGAGGGAUUAGUAAAUUGUGGGAGUCAUUUUGCAAAUGUAAAUCUAAACUUGUACAUAUUUUCAAAAAGUUAUGUCAAUGUGAUUACAUGCGCGAUGAAAAUUUAUUGAAAAGUCUGGCAUUUUUUUCUAAGGAUUUCUGGUGAAUUUCUGUUAGAAGUCUAUAAGAAUUGUUUUGAGGUUUUAUUGAAAUUCCGUUUGAAAAUUCACUUUGUGUUUUUGCACAUUUUCACCUUGCACUCUGUAUUUAAUUUUAAAAAUUCCCAGGAUCUUACUUUUGUAUAAAGAAUGCUGGGCAUGAUUUAUCUGCAUUUUCUAAAAAAUAAUUAGAAUGUUCUGAUAGGAUUCUAAUAGAAUUUCAAUAGAAAUCUCAUAGUCCCACACCAGUUUCAGGUAAGAAAAUCGUCAUUUAAAGUUUGGAUGUCUGCAGGAUGAAAAAAAAAUUCUUUCUCUGGGUGAAAUAUAAUAUAUUGAGAAAUUGUGAGUCCCAGGAUUAUCUACAAUGGAAAUUCCAUAGAAUUUCUCCUAGAAAUGGCGAAUUUUUGAUUCCAUAAAUUUUUUCAAACGUGUAGAUCAUGUUGGUUAUGAAUAAAAUGUUAGGCAAAAAUAAAAAUUGGCUCAUUAGAGGGUAAUAAUGAUAUUUUGAAUGAUUAAUCGUGGAGGAGAGUUGAACCAGAGAGUGAACAGACGGAUCAUUAAAACCCGUUGGAUUUUUAAAAUUCCUUUGCUACUUGGUGACAAAUACUUGCUGAUUACACUCAAUAAAUCAUGAUAUAAAUAAAAUAAAAUGAAUAAUCAAUGGCGGCGCAUGUGCCCACGCACAGUACUGAGACAAAUAUUUUGAUUUUCAUCUAAAUUUAAUUGAAUAUUUAUAAACUAACGGAAACAAUAACACUGAAUCAUUGAAGAUUUGAUGAAGCGUGUGCACGUGUGUCUGUGUGAGUGUUUCAAGUCGUUCGUGUGUGAUGAGUUGAAUGGAAUAAAACAAAAAACGUAAACAAAUAAACUAGAAAAGGAAAAAUUAUAUUUUCACGUGCAUAAGCAGAGUAAUGUGCACUUCAAUGAGAGUGAUUACAGUGAACAUUAAUUACGUUAAUAGACGAACGCUAUUGAUUGCCUAUGCGCAUUGCACGCUCUAUUUUGUGCAUACGUUAUGUAUUAUGGUACAAAAACAAGAAUGAAGAAUAUGGAAGAGAUGUAUUAGUGAGGUUUAUUGAAAUUGACAGAUGAUGAAUUACAAAUUUUUAUUAUUGAA